AUGGCUAUCUAUUUUGUUUGACCAUUUUCAAUAAAAAAAUAAACUCCCCACAGGGUCUUCAAAUCAGAAAGCACAUGCGAUGAGUUUGUUGUAAACUCAUGCCUCCGGAAUAUAAACGUUCAACCGUAUGGAAUGACACUCUCGGCAUGACUGUGUAACUGCACAGUAAACUACGCAUCCCAGCAUGCAAGGCGGCACUCGAGUGACGUUUGGUUGGCUGGGAUUGCUUCUGUAGGCGGUGUGAAUAGCAGCGCAGAGACAUCCACAGUAGGAAGCUGUGCGAUAUAAUGUAAAUUAAUUGUGGUCGAAGUCUACCCAGAUCUUUAUCACAGGAUUAAGUGAGAGGGUGAAAGAAAUCCAUAGAUGAAGAUGACAGACUCGUAGGAAGGAGAUCGGUGAAUUGAAGGCUGUCAGGCGUUUUUAUGAGACGACCCGUUGCCGAACCGAGUGUCUCAGUGUUAUAACCUGCUGACUUUGGGAGACUGAAGUUAUAAUGGAAACCCCCGAAUUGCCAAUCGAGAUAAUCACUUACAUACUCAAGUUCCUGAAAGUACAUGACAGGAAGGAAGCCUCGCUGGUCUGUAAACGCUGGUAUAUCGCUAGCCAAGACAGUCAGUUCCAGAAAAAGCUAACCUUCAAGCUGCCAGCCUCUCUGUCUUCCCUGGAUGUUGUCCGAGGGCUUGCCAGGCUACCUCACUGCGGCCUGGUCAUCAGCCACCUUGACGGGUCUGCUGUGUCGCGGGCAGUGCUGACGGAGGUGGGCCGCUACCUGGGUUCUCGCCUGGAGAGCCUCUCGCUCCCGGGCAGCAGCAUCACCGAGUCCUCCCUGCUGGCUCUCUUACCCCGCCUGACUGCUCUCCGGCGCCUGGAUCUGAGGGGCCUCGACAGCCUCUUCAUGUCAGGAGCGUUCCUCAGCCAGCAGGACAGCCGGCUGGAGGUGCAGGCGGCGCUGAGGCACCUGGAAGAACUGGACCUCUCUGACCUCCGCUACCUGUCCGACCUGACCUUUAACCGCCUGACGGGUUGCACCCCACGCCUCAGACGGCUGUCUCUGGCCGGGUGCCACAUCGCCUUUGAGUUUGACCCAUACCGGGGCUGCCCCGUCGGCCCAGACUCCUCUGCGAUGCUCUCUCUGCGCAAUCUGCUUAAGCUGCUCCGGCAGCAGGCCGGCACCAUGCGGGGGCUGGACCUAAGCAGGACCGGAAUCACGCCCGAGUCCCUCAAGUCCUUGUCCAAGAUCGAGGGCCUGCACCUGGAGGAGCUGUGCCUCCAGAGCUGCAAGGAGCUGACCGACCAGGCUCUGAUCACGCUCUGCAAGCACCAGCCCGCGCUGAAGACCCUGGACCUCAGCUCAUGCACCGAGCUCACGAAUGCGACAGCCCUGGCCGUGGCCUCCGGCCUGAAGGACCUCCAGCAUCUUCACCUGGCCCGCGUCUGGAGGGUGACGGACAAAGGUCUGUCAGAGCUCAUGAUGCUGAAGGACCUGCAGACCCUGGACCUCUCCGAGUGCAUCCACGUCAGCGGCAUGGAUCUGCUGAAGGGCCUGAAGUCCCCCUCGGCGGCGGCUUCGCUGGUGGCCCUCAGUUUCAGGGCCUGCUGUUACGUCAGGGACAUAGCGAUAUUCUCAUUGGCCCAGCUUCUUGGCCCCUACACACGCAAGCUGGACCUAACUUCCUGUCAAUGCCUGACCGAUGUGAGCGUACGUGCCAUUGCUACCUACCUACCGUCGCUGCUGGUGCUCAGACUGGGCGGAUGCAAGGAGAUCACAGACUGGGGGCUGCUGGGAAUGGUCGAUCCCACCGCGGAGUUCGGCCCUGACAGGGAUCUGGAGGUGAAGGGCCCCUCCUUCACCCGGACCUUUGGGAACAUGGGCUUCUUCCGCCCUCCGCCCCUGCCUUUCGUGGACAAGCCUCGACUGGUGACUGAGGAUGACCUGAAGACCUUCCGGGAGCAGGAAGGGGUCUCCCUGCUGGCCCUCCGAGGCCUUCAAGAGCUGGACCUGUCUGGCUGCAGCAAGCUGACAGACACCAGCAUCACUCAGGUUCUCCGAUUCCCCGACUUGCAGCGGCUCUCACUCUCCAUGCUAAACGACAUCACGGACCAGAGCCUGCUCUCAGUGGGUUGGCACUGCCGAAGCCUUAUCAGCCUGAACCUCUCUUACUGCCCUCUACUGACCGAUCAGGGCAUCGUCAGUGCAGCACCGUUCCUGAGGAGAUUAUGGAGCCUUCAGCUGGCUGGUUGCAGCCGCAUUACUGACAAGUCCCUGGCUGCCAUCACGCAGCACUGUCAGAGCCUGCGGACUUUGGACAUUUCCGUGUGUAAGGGCAUCACCAUGACGGCGGUGGAACAGCUCCAGUCCCACCUGCCCUUCCUGGACUCUGUGAACCACUGCUUUGUGGGCGGGGCCAACCCUACCUUCACUCUCUGAGAGUCACCUUUAGAAAGAUGCAAGCCAUCAUCUUUGUUCCUGACUGGACUUGAACAAUAUCAGGUCUGUAAUGCUAAUUGAGCUACCUCCAAAGAUGGCUGCAGUACUUCAUUUGCAAGCAGUGGCCCGUUUAAGAGAGAACAAUUUAGGGUGUCUUUAAAGCCAGCAGGGCUGGCUCUAUUCAUUAACCAGGGGCGUUAAUGUGGCCAAACAGCUCUCAUGAUGGAAGUUCCUGUUCCUUGUACUUUCGGGUUCAGUCAUUUCUUGCAGAUACUCUGAGUGAGGACACUGUGAUUCAAGUCAUCGUUCCAUAAUAAUGGAUCUGUAUGUGGACUGCUGUUAUAUAAACAGGAAAAUUCAGGGAACUGUAUACAAUCAAUGUAAGCUCAAGGGACAGAAAACACAGUUGUAUCAAAGAACUGCUCAUUCUGAACGAGUAGUUACAUGGCCAUUAUAUCACUGUGUAGUAAAUUUAGGAAAAGCGUAAAGUUUUAUUUUGUGAUGAUGCUGAGGAUAGUGGUGCAAUACAUUUCAAAUUCUGAAAAGGUAUUUUAAUCUGUCAUAUUGUGCGCACCGUCUUUAGUAGUUAUAUCUCUACUAAAAGUCAUUUCCUGUGAGCUGAAAAGCAUGUAUUGUAUGUGUAUGUCCUGAAAUAUGGACAAUUGAAUGUUUCAAUUUAAGAAGUCCACAAUAUCAGUAAUGGUCAACAGUUGCAGGCUGCUGCACAAAAACCAUGUGUUUUUUUUUGAAGAAUAUAUGAUGUGUAACUUUAAAUCAAUGAGUGUUACAAUCACAUUAAAAGACAGGGCUGUACAGAAGGUGACAGAUCAAAUA